UUAUGGUAUCGAUGUGUCAUAACCAUAAUAAGCCCACUAGUAAGCUAGCUAGCUCCCAGAAGGUUGGUUAGUGUCCGUAAAAGGUAUAUCCGGGAUACCUAUAAAGUUUAUUAUACAUUUUUCACUAUUAGAGAUUACCACCCAUAACAAUCGUAUUUUGUACAAAGUCAAAUUUUGUGAUGUUCGGUUGUUGUUCAUCACAAUAAUGCUAGCUAGCUAGCUAGCUAGCUAACCUUAGUAGUGGUUGGCAGCUAAAGUUAGCUAGCUAGCUAGCUGGCCGCUAUCUAGCUAAAAACAGAGGAAGAAUCUCCGCUUUUCAUCUCAUUACAGAUGAUGGAGUCAGCAAAGAUGAAACUGCGGCUGCGGAAGAGGAGCAGCUCGGGGAAGGCCUCUCAGGCCGUGACCACGGAGGCCUCUCCCGACUCCAAGUGCCCCAUCUGCCUGGACCGCUUCAACAACAUGGCCUACCUGGACCGGUGCCUGCACAAGUUCUGCUUCCGCUGCAUCCACGAGUGGUCCAAGAACAAGGCCGAGUGUCCGCUGUGCAAGCAGGCCUUCAACUCCAUCUUCCACACCAUCAAGGCGGAGAAUGACUUCAAGGAGUUUGUGCUGCGGCCCACGGAGAACGGCUCGUUUGGCAGCCCCGGCGGGCACCGGUUCCGGUACCGCACCACACUGACGAGGGAGCGGCGGGAGGCGCAGCAGCAGCAAGAGCAGCGGCGGGGGGGGAGGAGGACGUCGCCGCCGCCGGACAACGGCGUGAUCUUCGAGGGGCUGGGCGGGACGGCCCUGUCCCCGCAGCCGGACCGCGGGCUGCGGCGGAUGGUGCAGCGGCUGGCGGCGCGGCGGCGGGCGCAGAGUGAGGGCCGGACACUGCGGCAGCUGCGGGAGCAGGAGGUGGUGCGCUUCCGCCGGGCGCUGUACCGCAACGGCGUGCGCGUGCGGAGCGUGCGCGACGGCGGCCGCUACCGCGACACCUCUGCCGAGUUCUACCGCCGCAACCCGGCCUGCCUCCACCGGCUGGUGCCCUGGCUGAAGCGGGAGCUGACGGUGCUGUACGGCGCCCACGGCUCGCUGGUCAACAUCGUGCAGCACAUCAUCAUGACCUGGAUCACUCGCUACGACAUGGAGGACAGCGCCAUGCAGGAGGAGCUGCGGCCCUUCCUGCUGGCGCGCACCGACCACUUCCUGCACGAGUUCAUCAGCUUCGCCCGCUCGCCGUUCAACAUGGAGGCCUACGACCAGCACGCCGUCUAUGACUGCCCCGCGCCCUCCUCGCUGGAGGACAGCAGCUCUGACGCCUCGGUCAUUGCCAUCUCCGAGGACGAGGACGAUGGGGCGGACUCUGCGGGGCUGGAGCGGGGGCCGGGGUCCGCGUCAGGCGCCGGGCUGGGCCAGAUGCCGUGGGACGACGAGACCCCCGGGCCUUCGUACUCGACGACGGAGCAGGUGACGCCGCUGCCGCUGGUUGUCAGCGAGUCUGAGUCAGAGAGCAGCGCCGAGGAGGUGGGGGAGCCCCGAGCCACGGCCCCGCCCCACCAGGGUGCCCAAGUGAAGACGGACCUGUUUGCAAACAAAAGCGAGGAUGUCUCUUCCAGUGAGGAGGACUGUGUCAUCGUCGGCUAUGUGAAGCCCAUGGCUGAGCGGACGCCAGAGCUCGUCCAGCUGUCGUCGGACUCAGAGGAGUCUGUCCACGAUAAAAGCCCAGAGAUCCCCAAACAGCCCCAGCACAUCCGCUUCCCCAGCCUCAGUCCCCGGUCCUCCACGGGGUCCUUGGCGUCCAAACACAAGUCCCCACCGAGACAGGAGCACUCCAACAGGUCAGAGGUAAACGACAGGGAUCAGAUCUCUGCUGCGGAUAAGGACAGACGCCCACCUUCGCCCUGGGGUUCCCCUCCCCCAGACAGACACGGAACCUCCAGAUCAACGGACAAAAGAAGGGGCAAACACUCAAAGAGUGACAAGCGCACUUAUAGUGAUAGUGACAGCAGGAGGCAUCGGACACGGGACGGAUCCAGGGAAAGGUCGAGAAGCAGAGAGCGCGCUUGUGACAGAAGGAGACGGCGGUCGAGAAGCACCGAUCGGAGCCGGUCCGCGAGAAGCCCGACGAUAUCCGUAAACAGCGACAGUACCGUGUCCAGAAGCAGGGGGCGCUCAAGGUCGCGGAGCAGGGACCGAUGGCCCUCGAGAGACGAGGUGCGAGAGAAGAGGUGGGACAGAGACAGUCGCUCUGGACGCAGCUGUGAGAAUUACUCACAUUCUUACCACCGGGUCUCCUACAGCUAUUAUAGCCGAGAGAGGGAGAGCGGCUACACCGUGCACAAUCAGAGUAGAUCCCACUACACGAGUCACUAUGGGAUCUCCAACCAUUGGACCCCGUCUCGGUCUCGCUCCCGCUCCCGGAGCCGGACCCCCGCCCGGUCCCACCACAGAGAAAGGAGGCGGUCCCGGAGCCCUUCCAGCACCAGCUCUGUCUCCGCCCACCAGAGACCCCGGCACGAGAAGCCCAGCGGGAAGAGGAAGUACAAGACCCGGCACCUGGAGGGCUCUUCCAAAGACCGCUCCCCCCCUGCCGCUGCCUCCUCCUCCUCCGCCCCCUGCCCCAAGGAGAAGAGGCGAGAGAGGCAUCACAAGACGUCCCGGAGGAAGAGCCGGAGCCCCAGCGUGGAGAUUGUGUACGAGGGCCAGGCCUCGGGGGAGGGCAGGAGGCACCACAAGAAGAAGAAGAAGAAGCACAAAAAGAAGAGCCGGAGGCGGAAGAGCAGGGAGGGGGCGGAGCGGCGAUCGCCCACUGUCAUCACCAUCACCAUCAACAGCGACAGCGAGCAUGGGCCUGACCCCGAGGGUCCUGCUGACCAUGAGACACACGCCGACCUCGAGGCACCCACCGACCUCGAGCCACCAGCCAACCCCGAGACGCCCUCCAACCCCGAGACGCCCUCCAACCCCGAGACGCCCUCCAACCCCGAGACGCCCGCCAACCCCGAGGUGUCCAACCCUACCAGCACCGGCCUGCUGGACUCCAUCCUGCACGACUGGGAAGGGCAGAUUCCGCCUGUCCGUCAGGAUGGCCGUGCCGACACUCUGAACACUGAGGCGGCAUCUGCUGCGGAUGUUUCCGACAAAAAGGGUGACGUGCCACACGGCGAGAGUGGACAGACUCCUGUGUCUUCUAAGCAGAAGACAAACACUGGCAGCCCCCCCAAAAAAACAGUGAGUGGGGUGAAUUGUCUCCCAGACAACGGCAGCAAUGGAGUCAUGGGCUGACUUAGAAAGUCAUUCCACCACAUGCACAUUUAAAUUUAUUUUACUAUAGUAAUAUUAUUUACUGAACUGCCAAAUGAAAUCAUGCAAUAUUUUCAGAGUGCUGUUUCAUUAACCUUUCCUCUUAAUUAGGGAAUAUGUCCAUUUUGCUGUAUCGUACUCAGGGAGAAGAUUGACAUGUAGCUACCCUAGUUGAUUUUACCACCUUGUCUCAAAAAGCCUGUCCACCAAGGUUUGUGGAGCCUUGCAGGGAUUACAGACAGUACAUCUGCCAACAUGUAGUGCAUAUGACAAAAUGCAAAGGAUUGGGGUGGGGUGGAGUUAACUUCACCCCUUGGAUUUGUUUUGUCAAAUGUAAAAUGCAAUAAAUGUUUAAAAUCUGAA